GACGUUUGUUUUUCUACUUUCUUCGUGCCUGAAGUUCAAGCCAUCGCCUUUUUCCUCCGGAUCACUUUUUUAAUUUUUUCCCAUAUUUAUUCCCUUUUUCUUUCAUUCUUCUCCAUCACCCCAUUAGUUUUCGCUACUUUUCGCCCCGCUCUGCAACGUUCCCGUUUUUCAGAGAUGUUCAAGAAAUUGGUUUCUAGUCGGAAGCAGAAGGGUCCUUCGGCUCUCUCCACCUUGGAACGGCUACACGAGACACUGGAAAUGUUGGAGAAGAAAGAGCAUGUUCUUCAGAAGAAAAUCACUGCAGAGUUUGAAAAGGCUAAGGACUAUACAAAGUUAAAAAAUAAGAAAGCUGCAAUUCAGUGUCUGAAGAAAAAGAAGUUAUAUGAAGCACAAAUAGAGCAGAUAGGGAACUUUCAGUUACGAGUUCAUGAUCAGAUGAUUAUGCUCGAAGGUACAAAGGCAACAACAGACACCAUUGAUGCUUUGAAAACAGGAUCAGCUGCAAUGAAGUCCUUGCAGAAGUCGUUGAGUGUUGAUAAUAUUGAUAAAACCAUGGAACAUGUCAAUGAGCAGUCAGAGAAUAUGAAGCAGAUACAAGAGUCUCUCGCAGCUUCUGUGGGUGUUGCAGCUGACUUCGAUGAGGAUGAGUUAGAAGCUGAGUUGGAGGAACUUGAAGGAGAAGAGCUGGAAGAAAAACUCUUGCAGCCACCGUCCGCGAUUCCCGCAGUUCAGAUGCCUGUUUCUCAGCAUCCACAGAGCGCAAAUGGGCGACAUACUAGCGAUGUAGAUGAGCUUGCUGCUCUUCAAGCAGAACUGGCACUGUAGCUCUCUGACUUUUCAGUACUUGGUCCUUGUUUAUGUAUAUAUGAUGCACGUAGCUAUGCCAUAUAUCUACUAUUAAAGAAAGCUUUUAACAUGGUGUAAUUAUGUAAUAGUUCUCACUAAUUUUUACUGAUCUUUUUAGUUAUUUUUAUAACAUGCAGUUUAAUAUUAGAUAAUGAAUUACAUGAACAAGAAAA